AUGGCUGAGCCCCCAGAAACAGUGCACUUCCAGGGGGACCAAGCAUCAGCAGAAACAGCAGCACUCGGCUCUGGGUCGGGUGAGUCCACAGAGGUGGAGUGUCCCAUCUGCUACCACGAGUACAACCAGUGCGGCAAGUGUCCUCGCAUGCUGGAAUGCCUCCACAACUUCUGCACUGAGUGCCUCCGGAGGAUUCAGCUGUCCACGUAUCCACCUGACCCUGCGGACCCCCAGAGCCCUCGCAGCCUCGCCAUUUCCUGCCCCCUCUGCCGCCACCCCACCCUGCUGGAGACCGGCGACCCCCUCACCCUGCCCUGCAACUCCCGCAUCCUGGCUCAGCUGCCCCCCAUGGCUUUCCGCACACCCGUGUCGGUGGCCGCCCACCUGGCCACCGUCACCCAGAGGGUGGUCCUCUCCCUGGAUACCAGCAGGGACGCCCGCUUCAUCAUCCUGCCCACCGUGAGCCUAACGGUGGAGCAGAUGCACCCAAGCGAUAGGCCCCACGGUGGAGGUGUGGGCCUGGUGGGUGAGGUGGAGGUUCUGCAGCACCACAGGAGGACCCUGGCUGUGGUAUUCUGGGGGUUGUUUUUGAUGACCUGCGUGGUGGGGGUGGUGUUUGGGCCCAGCUUCUUCCGCAACUGAGGGGAGAAGGAACAGAGGGGCCUGUUCCAAUACUUUUACGUGCAGCCGUCCUUCCUUUCUUGUUUCCUUAUUUCCUUCCCCCUUACUCAAGGAAGGGUGUAUUGUCAAAAUAUUUGAAAAUGGCCUAAAAUCUAGACGGAACUACGGGCCUACCUCAAACGUAGCCUCAACAUCCUGCUAACUUCAAUUCGACUGUAAAUGACAAAUAUAUUUACAAGAUAUUGAAGGUUGAUGCAUACAGGCUCAUAAUCACAUGUAGUUGCUUUAAUUGGUGGUGUUGAGAAAAUUCUAUAUAGACAGAUCUACAUUUUUCUUGCUAUGCACUGAUUUAGAGUUCCCUCUAGUGGUCUAAUCUAGGAGCGCCUAUUACAUUGGGGCGCCAGGUAGCCUAGCAAUUAGAGCGUUGGGCCAGUCAACCGAAAGGUUGCUUGUUUCAAAUCCCUGAUCCAAAUAGGGAAAAAAUCUGCUGAUCUGCCCUUGAGCAAGGCGCUUAACCCUAAUUGCUACAGGGUUGCUCAAUAAUGGCUGAUCCCUGGCCUUGACCCCACACUCUGAGGGUGUCUCAGGGGGAGUGGAAUUUCACACCACACACUUGUACAGGUUACACCCUAGUGCAUGUGUGAAACAGGACAAAUAUAAG